AUGGCUCAAAAUGCAGCAAGGUCUCACUCAGAGAUCUUGCAACGCGACGUUGCGACCAUAAAGAAUCUUGAGGCUGCGAGAGCUUGCAAGUGCGCCAAGUUCCUUCCGUUCAGAUGUCUUCCAGUAGAGUUACGACUCAAAAUCUGGAAGGCCGCUCUUCCAGACCCACAGAUCAUCCGAAUUGGAUUCAACGCUGCGGUUGAUCAUGAGGACAUGUUCAGGGAAGAUGUGAUCAGCUUUUACCUUAGAUCCUACACCCAUGUCGAAAACCGUGCCGUUACCUUACUCGCCUGUCGUGAAUCUCGUCAGGUCGCGCUGGAGUCCCUUUGCGGAUCAAUACCCGUCGAAAUCAUCUCGGAUCAAAUCCAUUUCCACCGUCGUACACACGACUUGGACGAGCCUCCGCCAUACGCUCGCAGAAAGAUUCGUUUUGACCCGGCCAGAGAUGCCAUCUUUUUUCCGGAUUUUAAUAUCCUGAAUCGUGUUUCAGACAUAUUUUACGGUGAACAACUACGGGCAGCUUUCAAGGACAUAAAAAAACUUGUUAUUCCGGUAUCUAGUCUCAAGAGAUUCAUGAAAGACCAAUCGUAUCAUUCAGCAUCAGGUCAGAGCUUUGAGAACCUACAGGAAGUCUUUGCUGUGAUGGAUCGUGUCACAGGCAAGAGAUCCUAUGAGCUUGUGGAAUUGACAGAAGGAUCCGAUCCACUUCGGCCGACAAAAAUCUCAAUUACCGGUGGCGACACCAGUGCUUCCGCUAGCGAUCCAGCACGAGAUUUCAUGCUUCCAUACUAUGAUGUCGCUGCACAGAUCAUAUCGGAAGGCUCUACUCUCAACAUCACUUUCACGGGCCUCAAGGACAGCAAGAUAGAAAAUGCGUUUGUCAAACUAGCACCAAUUGUCGAGUCUUGCAAACACUGCAUUGAAGUAACGGGACCUUUCUUCCGCCGCUUCAGCGAGUUGCCGGAAAAGGUGCGAUUGAAGAUCUGGGGAUAUACCAUCCCAAGUUCUCAAUUCAUUCGGGUCAAGGUGUAUCGCGUUGGCUCAAAGCAACGUCUUCAAUUUCGGCUCAAAUCCGACCAUGAACCUCUCGCAAUUCUAGGAGUUGACAAAGAAUCUCGCAAAGUCGCCCUAGACAACUACACUGUGUGUUUGGACUCUGAUGGCAUUGAUCGAAAGAUCCGAUGCAGUCCAGAUGAUGUUCUCUACUUCUACAAUAUCGAGAAAUGGUUCAAGUUCCGAGGAAAGAUCAUUGCGAACCGGCACAGUCGUGCUGUUUGGCAAAGCUUUCGGAACGUCAAGAACCUAGCUAUAGACAAUUUCACUUUGAAGAUGUGCUUGUGUUACAGGAUGGCUGCGAUGAUCAAUCAGUUUGAGUCCCUGGAAACUCUACUCCUCAUUCGAUCAGGCCAACACGCAGAGAAGAGACUUGCAAAGCAUCGAAGCACGUUGGUGGAUCCAGAAACAAAGUGGUACUUGGGUUGUGAUUAUUUCAGCGACGUCGACAGAGAUCUCAACCGAGUCACCCAGCUUUUCGAUCAUUUUGUAAAAGCCCGUCAAGACAGUUGGGAUGACGAGGAAGAAGGGCUAUGGCUGCUAUGGCAAUGGAAUAUCCCGAAGGUCAAGAUGAUGAUGCUUGAGGACGGACCAAUUAUCUGCAACUCGUGUAUUGGAAAGGGAUGUUCGGGUAGGCGCAGGAUGUUUAGCAAGGAUUACAUAAUGGAAGAGGGGCGCUGGUACAAUGCAGACGGGUAUUAUACGGAUCAUGAGGAAUAUUCAAGGCCACGAGCUUGGGGAUAUGGAUCGCUUCGUGCAUGGUAG